UCUUCUGAAGUCUGCUGCUGGUGAGUCAAAAUGUCCAGAAAUCAUAGACUGCUGGUGAAAAACGCCAAACAAGUGGUUUUGAUCUGCAACGACGGAGAGAAGUACCUGACCAAACAUGGGAUGCAAAACCUCUGCGUGAUUGAAAAUGGAAGCAUUGUAAUUGGAAGUGAUGGGCUGAUUAAAGCUGUGGGACCGGCAGAAACCAUCAGAGCUCAGUAUCCAGAAUCCUCCUUUGAGCAAGUGAUUGAUGUCACAGGAAAGUGCGUCCUGCCUGGGCUGGUUGAUGCUCACACUCAUCCAGUCUGGGCUGGAGACCGUGUGCAUGAAUUUUCAAUGAAGCUGGCUGGGGCCACCUACAUGGACGUGCACCGGGCCGGUGGAGGGAUCCACUUCACGGUGGAGCACACGCGAGCUGCCGCCGCCUCGGACCUGCUGGCCUCCCUGAGCAGCAGGUUGCUGAGGAUGCAGCGAGCCGGCACCACGCUGGUGGAGUGUAAGAGCGGCUACGGCCUGGAGCUGCAGACCGAGCUGAAGAUGCUGCAGGUGAUCGAGCAGGCCAGACGCUCCCUGCCCAUCAACAUUUCCUCCACCUACUGUGGAGCCCACGCCGUGCCCAAAGGGAAAACGGUUGCAGAAGCCACAGAAGACAUCCUCCAGGUUCAGUUGCCUCGGCUGAAGGAGCUCAUGUCUGCUGGGACUCUGAGAGUUGACAACAUCGACGUGUUCUGUGAGCAGGGAGUGUUUGACCUUAGCGCCACCCGCUCCAUCCUGCAAGCUGGCAAAGACAUGAACCUCAACAUCAACUUCCACGGAGAUGAACUUCACCCUAUGAACUCUGCUCAGCUGGGAGCAGAGCUAGGAGCCUUAGCCAUCAGUCACCUGGAGGAGGUCACAGAUGAAGGGAUUGUUGCCAUGGCAAAAGCAAAAACAGCUGCUGUCCUCCUCCCAACUACAGCUUACAUCCUCCGGUUGCCCCAGCCUCGGGCCAGAGACAUGCUGGAUACCGGCGUCAUCGUUGCCCUCGGUAGCGACUUCAACCCAAACGCCUACUGCUGCUCCAUGGCGAUAGUCAUGCACCUGGCAUGUGUCAACAUGAGGAUGUCCAUGCCCGAGGCGCUGGCGGCUGCCACCAUCAACGCAGCCUACGCCCUCGGACGGUCCCACACACACGGAUCCCUGGAGGUCAACAAACACGGAGACCUGCUGGUCCUCAACGCCACACGGUGGGAGCACCUGAUCUACCAGCUGGGAGGACACCAGGAGCUCAUCCGUUACGUUAUCAUCAAAGGCAACGUCGUCUAUGAUAAUGACAAAACUUUGGACUUGUAACUGCGGAUUUGUGAAGGUACUUCUCGUUAGUACAACUACAGCAUUGUAGUGAGCUCAGAAACUUCCAUGUUUUAUCUGCAAAUCUAACAAAGUGUUGUUUACCAGUCUGCAACUCAGUGAGAGAGAAAUGUCACCAGACAGACCGAUCUUUAAAUAACAAUGUACUUAACGGGAUACUUCAGAACCACCCCCAUUGUUCUGUCUGGCUGCUCCUGCCCCUUUAUCGUGCGUUAGUAUCCAAACAUGACCACCUCUACUGUUCACUGCUGCUUUCACAAUCAUAUGAUUUCACUUUGGGGAUUAAAAGAAAAGUU